CAUACUACGUACCGUACCUGCCUUUUCCACCUUCUCUGUCCUCUCACUGUCCCGAAAAAAGGGGGGGAAAGGCAUCACCAUCUGGCGCUCUCCUCACUCUGACCCAACCGCCAGAUAGCACGCUCGCUUUUCUCCUGCUCCGACUUGCGUUUUCUUCUAUCGCUUCUGCCGCUCCUUUUCCGCGAUUCUGUUCUCGCCCCGGGAGCGGAACCGGCGUUGCGACUCACACACACAUCUUUCUGCUUCGUUGGCGCCAUCACCAACAUUCGACGAUUUCUUGGUCUCGUCUUCCUCCAGGCAUUGUCCGAGUCUCCAUCGUUUGAGCGCCUACCAUCGACGCGAUCAAUUCACGCGCACAUGCGAUUGACUGGCUAUCUUCAGAUUGCGACUUUCAUGUCAAUCACUGCCAGGUCUCGCACCAUUCAGUGAAUCAAUCCUUCGCUGAAUCGCAUCGUGGUCAUUGCAUUCUCGACAUACUCCCUCAGGGCUUCUUUGUUCGGCCAGACGCCCGCCCGCAGCCCUUCAUUUUGCAUAAUCCACAGCGUACAGCUCCCAUGGUUGUCGAGGGAUAAAAUCUGUCAGUCAACAUGUCUGGGUAUCCAGGUGGUCACCAGGACCACUAUGAUGAUGGUUACGGCCAUCAUCAAGGGAACGCGGACUCGUACUAUCAGGAUGACCAAUACUACGAUAAUGGCUACGACGCUCGUGGCGGCCACGGCGCUCAGGGUGGCCACGCAGGCGAUGGCUAUUACGACGAAUCGGGGUAUUACAAUGCCGACCCGAACAAUCCGUAUCAUCAAGACGGGGGCUACUAUGACGGCCACGACCAGUAUCAAGACGACUACUACAAUGGCCAGGGCGGGAAUUACUACGACCAGGAUUACAACAACGGAUAUGCCGGUCACGGUGGUCGUCAUGGCUCGGAAGAGGAUUCGGAGACGUUUAGCGACUUCACCAUGAGAUCAGACAUGGCCCGCGCAGCCGAAAUGGACUACUAUGGCCGUGGUGACGAGCGUUACAACAGCUAUGGUGACGGACAACGAGGCUACAGGCCACCUUCCUCUCAAAUGUCCUAUGGGGCGAAUCGAUCGUCUGGCGCCUCAACACCCAACUAUGGCAUGGAUUACAAUAACGUCCUCCCUGCCGGCCAGCGCUCUCGUGAGCCUUAUCCUGCCUGGACUUCGGAUGCUCAGAUCCCUUUGUCGAAGGAAGAGAUCGAGGACAUCUUCCUAGAUUUGACUUCCAAGUUCGGAUUCCAGCGGGACAGCAUGCGCAAUAUGUACGACCAUCUCAUGACGCUUCUCGACUCGAGGGCUUCUCGCAUGACCCCGAACCAAGCCCUUCUCUCUCUCCAUGCGGACUACAUCGGUGGAGACAACGCCAAUUAUCGCAAGUGGUACUUCGCUGCACACCUUGACCUUGACGACGCUGUUGGCUUUGCCAAUGCCAAGAGCAAAGGUCUGCGCCGCAAGGCAAAGGGAAAAAAGAAGAAGAACGCUGCGGAGGCGGCUAACGAAGCAGAGGCUCUUCAGGACUUGGAGGGCGAUGACAGCCUUGAAGCCGCUGAGUAUCGUUGGAAAACACGCAUGAAUCGCAUGUCCCAGCACGAUCGAGUUCGCCAGAUUGCCCUGUACCUCCUUUGCUGGGGCGAGGCCAACCAGGUUCGCUUUAUGCCGGAAUGCCUUUGCUUCAUCUUCAAGUGUGCCGACGACUAUCUCAAUUCGCCAGCUUGCCAGGCCCUUGUUGAGCCGGUGGAUGAGUUUACGUACCUCAACAAUGUCAUCACGCCGCUAUACCAGUACUGCAGAGACCAAGGCUACGAGAUUCUCAAUGGGGUCUACGUGCGCCGCGAGCGCGACCACAAGCAUAUCAUCGGCUAUGAUGACUGCAACCAACUCUUCUGGUACCCUGAAGGUAUCGAGCGCAUCGUCAUGCAGGAUAAGAGCAAGCUCGUGGAUGUGCCUCCUGCUGAGCGUUAUCUAAAGCUAAAGGACGUCAACUGGAAGAAGUGCUUCUUCAAGACGUACAAGGAGACGCGAUCGUGGUUUCACCUUCUGGUCAACUUCAACCGCAUCUGGGUCAUUCACCUGACUAUGUUUUGGUUCUAUACUGCGCACAACGCCCCGACGCUACUUCUCGGCUCUAAGUACGAGCAGCAGGUAGACAAUCAGCCACCAGCUGCCCAGCAGUUCUCGGUCGUCGCCUUCGGCGGCGCCAUCGCCUCAUUCAUCCAAGUUGUCGCUACUCUGGCGGAGUGGGCAUACGUUCCGCGGCGAUGGGCUGGUGCACAGCAUCUCACCAAAAGGCUUCUGUUCCUCCUGCUCAUCUUCGUUAUCAAUCUUGGACCCGGCAUCAAGGUGUUCGCAAUUCGAACCCCAAAGACAUCUGGAGUCGAUGUGGAUCUGAUCAUUGGCAUUGUACACUUUGUCAUUGCCAUCAUCACAUUCCUCUUCUUCGCGGUUAUGCCUCUCGGCGGACUCUUUGGCAGCUAUCUGACGAAAAAUUCGCGGCGAUAUGUUGCAAGUCAGACCUUCACGGCCAGCUGGCCCAGGCUCUCCGGUAACGACAUGGCCAUGUCGUACGGCCUAUGGCUUACGGUUUUCGGUGCGAAGUUCGGCGAGUCCUACGUCUACCUGACGCUAUCGUUCCGUGACGUCAUCAGGUACCUUUCCAUCUUCCACCCCCAAUGCGCGGGAGACCAUUUGUUUGGAAAGGCAACUGCAAACAUUCUCUGCAAGAACCAUCCGUAUAUCUUGCUUGGUUUGAUGGCGUUCACCGACCUGAUUUUCUUCUUCCUCGACACAUACCUCUUCUACGUGUUGCUCAAUACCAUCUUCUCGAUUGCGCGGUCGUUCUAUAUUGGAUCCUCCAUCUGGACGCCUUGGCGGAAUAUCUUUUCGCGCCUUCCGAAGCGCAUCUACUCUAAGGUGCUGGCCACUACGGACAUGGAAAUCAAAUACAAGCCGAAGGUACUCAUCUCUCAGGUCUGGAACGCGAUCGUCAUUUCCAUGUACCGAGAGCACCUACUGGCCAUUGAUCAUGUGCAGAAGCUGCUCUACCAUCAAGUUCCAUCGGAGCAAGAGGGCAAGCGAACGUUGCGGGCGCCUACGUUCUUUGUCUCCCAGGAAGACCACUCGUUCAAGACCGAAUUCUUCCCUAGCCAUAGCGAGGCCGAACGCCGAAUCUCCUUCUUUGCCCAAUCCUUAUCGACGCCAAUCCCAGAGCCUCUUCCCGUGGAUAACAUGCCGACAUUUACCGUCAUGAUUCCUCACUAUAGCGAGAAGAUCCUCCUCUCCUUGCGCGAAAUCAUCCGCGAGGACGAGCCCUACUCGCGCGUCACCCUCCUAGAGUACCUCAAGCAGCUACACCCACAUGAGUGGGACUGCUUCGUCAAAGAUACCAAAAUAUUGGCCGAUGAGACGUCGCAGAUGAACGGAGACUUUGAAAAAGGCGAGAAGGACGCUGCCAAGAGCAAGAUCGACGACCUGCCCUUCUAUUGUAUCGGUUUUAAGUCCUCGGCCCCCGAGUAUACCCUUCGGACCCGUAUUUGGGCCUCACUUCGCUCGCAGACUCUGUACCGUACAGUCUCGGGCUUUAUGAACUACAGCCGUGCUAUCAAGCUUCUCUAUCGAGUCGAGAACCCGGAAGUUGUACAGAUGUUCGGCGGAAACUCUGACAAGCUCGAGCGAGAGCUCGAACGGAUGGCCCGCCGCAAGUUCAAGAUCGUGGUAUCCAUGCAGCGCUACUCCAAGUUCAAGAAGGAGGAGAUGGAGAACGCCGAGUUUUUGCUCCGCGCCUAUCCUGAUCUCCAGAUUGCGUACCUCGAUGAAGAGCCUCCGUUGGCUGAGGGCGAGGAGCCUCGUCUCUACUCCGCCUUGAUCGAUGGUCACUCUGAGCUUAUGGAGAACGGAAUGAGGCGGCCGAAGUUCAGGAUCCAGCUUUCGGGCAACCCUGUUCUCGGUGAUGGCAAGUCUGACAAUCAAAACCACUCGGUCAUCUUCUAUCGUGGCGAAUAUAUCCAACUUAUCGAUGCCAACCAAGACAACUACCUCGAGGAAUGUCUGAAGAUCAGGAGUGUUCUUGCCGAGUUCGAGGAAAUGAAGACCGAGAACGUCUCGCCCUACACCCCGGGAGUCAAGAACGAAACGACGUCACCCGUUGCUAUUCUCGGAGCUCGUGAGUAUAUCUUCUCCGAGAAUAUCGGUAUCCUAGGUGAUGUUGCCGCCGGAAAGGAACAGACUUUCGGAACGCUCUUCGCACGAACUCUUGCAAAGAUUGGAGGAAAACUUCAUUAUGGUCACCCAGACUUCCUCAACGGCAUCUUCAUGACGACACGUGGCGGUGUGUCCAAGGCCCAAAAAGGUCUCCAUCUCAACGAGGAUAUAUUUGCUGGCAUGAACGCUAUCCUUCGUGGCGGCCGUAUUAAGCACUGCGAAUACUAUCAGUGUGGCAAGGGCCGUGACUUGGGAUUUGGGUCAAUCCUGAACUUCACGACCAAGAUUGGCACUGGUAUGGGCGAACAAAUGCUCUCCCGCGAGUACUACUAUCUUGGAACGCAGCUCCCGCUCGAUCGAUUCUUGUCCUUCUACUACGCGCACGCCGGUUUUCACAUCAACAACAUGUUCAUCAUGCUCUCAGUGCAGCUCUUCAUGCUAUGUCUGCUCAACUUCGGCGCUUUUAGGCACGAGACUAUUCCUUGCGACUACAACAGGAAUAAGCCAAUUACGGAUCCCCUUUUCCCCACUGGAUGUGCCAAUACGGAUGCUGUCAUGGACUGGGUUCAGCGCAGUAUCUUCUCCAUCUUCUUCGUCUUCUUCCUGUCCUUCGUGCCCCUAAUUGUUCAGGAGUUGACGGAGCGAGGUGUGUGGCGCGCCCUAGUGCGUUUCCUGAAGCAAUUCUUCUCGCUCUCAACAUUCUUCGAAGUGUUCGUCUGCCAGAUUUAUGCGAACUCUGUGCAGCAGGACCUUUCGUUUGGUGGUGCUCGAUAUAUCGGAACCGGCCGUGGCUUCGCCACCGCGCGCAUCCCCUUCGGCGUUCUAUACUCUAGAUUCGCCGGCCCUUCGAUCUACUUCGGCUCGAGGCUGUUGAUGAUGCUUCUUUUUGCGACCGUCACCGCCUGGCAAGCAGCGUUGACCUACUUCUGGAUCACGCUCUUAGGUCUUACCAUCUCUCCAUUCCUAUACAACCCUCACCAGUUCGCGUGGAACGAUUUCUUUAUUGACUACCGCGACUUCCUGCGCUGGCUCUCGCGCGGGAACUCCCGAAGUCAUGCUUCAUCUUGGAUCGGCUUUUGCCGCUUGUCGCGAACGAGAAUCACUGGCUAUAAGCGCAAGACGCUAGGCGAAGCGUCCGCCAAGCUGUCCGCCGAUGUGCCUCGGGCUGCCAUCGCGAACAUCUUCUUCACCGAGAUACUCACACCGCUCUUGCAAGUUGUCUGGACCCUGAUCCCCUACCUGUUUAUCAACGCGCAGACGGGUGUCAUUCCGGAGAACAACGACAACAAGGCAACGAAGCCUACCGAUUCAGUCAUCCGUGUCCUGGUUGUGGCCGUUGCACCCAUCGCCAUCAACGCCGGAGUACUUGGUGCAAUGUUUGGUAUGGCUUGUUGCAUGGGCCCUCUCCUUAGCAUGUGCUGCAAGAAGUUCGGCAGCGUUUUGGCUGCCAUCGCUCAUGCCUUUGCCGCCGUCUUCAUGCUCAUUUUCUUUGAGGCCAUGUUCGUCCUCGAGGGUUUCAACUUUGCGCGAACUCUAGCGGGGAUGAUCUGUGUUGUGGCAAUCCAGCGGUUCAUCUUCAAGCUGAUCGUGUCACUUGCGCUCACGCGAGAAAUGAAGACAGAUCAGUCCAACAUUGCGUUCUGGACCGGAAAAUGGUAUUCCAUGGGGUGGCACUCGAUGUCGCAGCCUGCCCGCGAGUUUCUAUGCAAGAUCACGGAACUGAGCAUGUUCGCUGCCGACUUCAUCUUGGGACACUGGCUUUUGUUCCUCAUGAUCCCAGUCCUGGCAAUUCCUCAAGUGGAUAAGUUGCAUUCUAUGAUGCUUUUCUGGCUCCGGCCAAGUCGACAAAUCCGCCCGCCAAUUUACUCGAUGAAACAGUCGAAAUUGAGAAGACGACGCGUCAUUCGAUACGCUAUCCUCUUCUUCGUGCUGCUGGCCGUCUUCAUUGGCCUUAUCGCCGGACCUGUCGUUGCCGGGAAACAGCUCAAGCCUGACGUGUUGCGCAGCCUGGGCAACUCGAUGCCCCUAAAGGAUCAGUUCAUCUUGAUGCAGCCAAACGGCCAGAACAACAAGAACACGAACGGAACAGCCGCGACGGGCACGGGCCGGGACGGAUACACGGGCGCUCUGACGAGGACCUCGACGGACGGCGCCACCGGCAGCAAGGCGACGCCGACUGGCAACGCUAAGAUUAAGCUGUUCUAGAGAUUGUACAUUGAAGCGGAGUUCGCGGCUUGCUGCAAAUAUGGGGACUCAGAGGGAGGAGAAUGGUCCAUAGCGGAAGCCAUGGACACUGGCUUGACCCUCGUUGUGAGCCACCUCAGGGCCAUGGCGCCUUGCCCAAAAGGGCCACCUUGGUUGAUUUUUUCGUGUGGUUUAUGGCACUGCUGGGCUAUGGGUAUUGUUGGUUGGUCUGCAUUUGUUCUAAUCAUUGAGUGCGCCUGUAGAAACCAUUCGUUGCGCGAGGCAAGGGAAAUACAUUUGCAUGCCAAUACUUGACUGACGGGAAGAGGUGUGAUGUCGGUGUCGGAAAGUGAUGUUUUGUUCCUG